AUGAAAUCGGCCAAGUCGGUGGCUGUGGACACGCCGCCGUCGCUUCGGAGGUCGCAGCCUGUUCGACAAGCACGAACCAAUACACCGCGAAGCUCUGCCAAUGCUGGCCGUCGAGCUGGCCAUGGCAGAGAUGCCGUCAACGGCCGGCCUUUGGGAAAUCAGCCGAUUGAAAUCUUUCCCGCCGUUACACACUUUGCCGACACCAUGGCGGCCCUGCCUAAGGAGCUCGUCCGGCACUUCACUCUCCUCAAAGAGGUCGACGCCAAAAUCUUCGCUCCCGAAGAACAACUCUUCAACCUCGUCGCUGCGACCGCACACUCCUCCCUACCAGAACCUCGAGUCAACAACGAUUCUUCGAGCUCGGCGACGCCGGCCUCUGCCCCGAUGAGCGCGCAGACCAGCUGCAGCGACUUGGCCAAAUACCACCAAGCCCCUCCGUCGUCAUCGACACCGUCACUCCACCACGUCCACAGCACCUCGGUGGCGCCAACAAGAGUCUUCGAUCCUUCCAAUAUCCCACGCCGACAACUUUUCCGGCAGACUGCUUUCAAGAUCCAAGAGAUGCUGGUGUCUCUCGAGGAAAAGAAUCAUGUCCUAUCCACCGCCAACGAAGCUCUACAAAGACAAUUGCAGCGGGCCGAAGACGUGUGGCCCUACCUCGAGAACGAGUUCAGCGACGAGGCCAAAUGGGGCAGCACUACACACUGGGCUUACCCAGAGAACCGGUUGGGCGGCAAGGUGUCUCACACGGAAAAAGUUCGUCGCGACGGCGCUGCCGCCAUUUCUGCCGCCGCACAAGCGCUCGCUGACGAGGCCGCCGCUAGAAGCGACGCUCGCAAGCAAGCUGUGCAGGCGAAAAAGAACCUGAAGAACCAGCACCAAGAUUCCGAUGCUGACGACCUCGACGGCCGGCAAAAAGAAGGCCCCACCACCAAGAAGACUGGCAAAUCUCGAAAAAGUGCGGCCGGCGCUGACGCCAACUUUGUCGGGUUGGGCAUCUCAGGAUCGUCCACAAACGGCAAUCCACCUCACAAGAGGCGAAAAGUUGAAAAGACGGCCAACGGGACAGCAGCACCUACCAGUGCCGGUGCCGGCUCCGGUGCCGGUGGUGGUGCGACCACGGCUGCGACCGCCAGUGCUGUUCUGGGGGCUGGCGCAAUGAGCGCCGCGUUUGCCAAUAACACACCAAACCCCAAAACGGGAAGCCCUCGUGGAACACCAGCUCCAGAAGCACAAAAGAAGCGCAAGGCUUUACCGACUGGUAGCGGCCAAGCAAAGAAGAAAAACGGCUUGUCACCAUCCACCACCUCCUCCCCCGUCAUGGCAGUCUCUCUCGACCCCAAAGUACCUGCUCGAGCAUCUCCCGCACCGAGCAGCGCGCCGCGGCCAGCGUCGUCGCGGGCCCGACAGAAUUCAAUACAGUCCAAUGCAGAUAAUGCUAGGGUUCGCGCUCCGUCGGCGACCGCAGCAGCGGCGACAACGCCAGCUCCGACGCCGGCCACAGCUCCCGCACCCCCUGCUGCUCCUGCCAGUUCCGCCUCCAAGACAAAUGGCAACGUCCAAAAUACCCCGGAAGAGGCAUCCACGGCGGCGUCCCCAGGCACGAACCAGGACAAGAAGCCCUUCAAGGAAAACAGCAUGCCGGUAAAGCCAGAGCCCGUUAAAAUGGAGCAUGAGCGAUUGGCGCCGACGACGGCGCCGACGGAGAGCACCACCGCGUCGACGCCAAUAGCCACCAAACGGGACAGCAAACCCGAGCACGCGGAUCGCGGAAAGAGCGAAUCGACCCCGACUCCUCCGCUAGCUGCUCCGCCCACGGUCACCACCAAAAGCGGCCGAGCCUGCAAACCAUCUACCCCUGCGCUGGCCACGUUCCAAGAAGCAGCCGGCAGCCGGUCGAGGCCGUCGCGAACCAUGACCGAGGGCGCCGCCAGGAAAAGCCACAAGAAGACGGGAUCUGUCGCAGCGCAAGCCCUCAUCCAGCAAGUCCAGGCAGCAGAUACAGACGCCAGCAGCAGCAUGCAGGACGACGACGAAGGCGACAUUGACGCCGACGAGCCGACGUAUUGCUACUGCAAUAGCGUGAGCUACGGCGAAAUGGUGGCCUGCGACGCCGACGGCUGCGAGCGAGAAUGGUUCCACCUAGCAUGUGUAGGCCUCAAAGUAGCACCAGGGUCGAAAACGAAAUGGUUUUGCGAAGACUGCAAAGAACGCUUAAAAAUGGGCGGGAAAAAGACUGGGCGAUAA